GGUAUAAGGUCUCUGUUGUAUGUCCAUUGUUGCAGGGAUUUCGAUUGCGAAAUUGCGUGUAAAGAUUGAGGAAUGGGAACCGAGGAAAAGGGAAAAGUAUUGCAGCAAACCACAGGUCCCCAAGAUGCUGCCGGUUUGAGAGGAGCUGUGGAAGCAAAGUACCGGCAAAUCAAAGAGCAUGCAGAGACCUAUCCUUACGUUUGGGCUUCCUACAUUGUUGUAUACGGUGGUUUUGCUCUCUGGGGUACCUACAGAUGGAGAAGGCUUCGCAAGACUGAGGAUCGUGUACGUGCCCUUCAGGAGAGAUUACGCAAACAUUAUGCAGCAGAAGAGGCUUGUGCUAGCUCUUCCACCCCAGCUGUUAAGGUUCCAGCGUCUGCUGAUAAAAUCUCCAACUAGUAUGAGCAUUGAUCAAUGCUUUUUAGGUUUCCUUCAACCCGAUAAACAAUAGUUUGCUUCGAGUAUGAACACAGAUUGCCUGGGACUUUCUAUGGACGAGAAUUGAAUCCAAAUGUGUCGUAUACGUAGGUUAGGGUGAAAUGUUAGAAAUUGAUACUUUCGAUUAAAACUUACGGAAACAGCUUCUUAUGCUAAUUUUGUGACACUUGACGGUCAUUUUAUCCGAU